AUGUCAUCAUCAACAAGACAAAGAGGUACAACAACAACAACUACUAAAGAUACGAAUGGUAAUCAAAAAAUAUCACCAUUAGUAGGAGCAGGUAUAAAGAGUACAAAUAGUAGUGCAUUAUUGUCACCACAAAUUAGCAAGUUGGCAAACAUCGAUCCAUUUGAUUCGAGUAAAGACGAGACAUCAUCAGAUGACGAACAAACAGCAGCAUCAAACAAUGCCGAUGGUCAAAAGUCUACCGAUCCACCACAAUCCAAAUACAAAAAACUAAUGGUUCGAAGUGUCAUGGGUGCUGCCAUGAUCUUCUUCUUUAUUGGUAUCCUUCGAACCGACCACUUUAUCGUCUCGUUGUUUGUCAUGGCUCUCCAAUUGCUCGUCUUUAAGGAAAUGGUUUCAUUGCGUUAUGUAGAGGCCAAAGAAAAGAAGAUCCCCAGAUUCAGAACCUUGGCAUGGUUCUUUUUAUUGUCUGCCUUUUACUUUUUCUAUGCCAAGCCAAUCCUCCUUAAAAUUUCCUCUGUUUUCCCUGAAGCUCAACAUUUUGUAAAGUUUCAUCUUUGGCAUUCUUUUUCUCUUUAUUGUAUUGGAUUUGUAUCAUUUAUUUUUACAUUGAGAAAAGGUGUAUAUAGAUAUCAAUUCUCUCAAUUCACUUGGAUUUUGAUGAUUUUAUUGAUGGUUGUUGUUCAAUCAAACUUUAUCAUUUCAAACAUUUAUCAAGGUUUGAUUUGGUUCAUCUUACCAGUUUCAAUCAUUGUUUGUAAUGAUAUCUUUGCUUAUUUUAAUGGUUUCUUUUUGGGUAAAAAAUUCAUUCAAAAACCAUUAAUGAAAAUUUCACCAAACAAGACUUGGGAAGGUUUCAUUGGUGCCACUAUUUGGACUUUAAUUUUUGCUUAUUAUUUUGCAGGAUAUUUAAUUCAAUUUGAUUGGGUAAUUUGUCCAAAGGGAAGUGGAGACUUUUUAGAACCACUUCAUUGUACACCAGAUCCAGUAUUCCUUCAAAAAGAGUUUAUUAUUCCAACUGAAGUGUCAACUAUUUUGACCAAGUACCUUGGUAUUACACUCACCUCUCUCACCUUUGUGCCCAUCCAAUUGCACGCACUUGUCCUCGCCUUGUUUGGAUCGUUGAUUGCUCCAUUUGGUGGCUUCUUUGCCUCGGGUAUCAAGAGAGCCUACAAGAUCAAGGACUUUGACAACAUCUUCCCAGGCCAUGGUGGUGUCACUGACAGAACCGACUGUCAAUUCAUCAUGGGUCUCUUUAUUCACGUAUACUAUUAUACUUUUAUCAAGACCAACGAACUCGAUGCAAGCCAAAUCUGGCAAGGUCUCUUGAUGUUGCCCGUCGACCAACAAGUACAAAUUUUCCAAAAGUUACAAAAUGUCAUCUCUUCAGCAGCAGCUACCACUCUUGCUUAA